UAUAUAAUAUUUUAUAUAAUGAUAAGAAAUUUUUUUAUUUUUCAGCAAUAGAUUUUUUAUGAUUUAAAAAAGUAUAUACGUUCAUAUAUGUUAAGUCAUGUUAUCAAAUUAUACCAAUAUUGAAGAUUAAUGAAACUUCAAUAAUUAAAAUUUUCGUUUGCAACAGUACAAUUAAUAUUUGCAAAAUCCGUAUUUAAAAUGAAAGAUAAAAGAAAAAGAAAAAAAAGAGAAAAAUUUUAUCUUCACCAAGGACUUUUUUUACAGGCACAAAAAUUGAAACAUGAAGUUGUUAGUAACUAUCCGCCACCGUCUGGAAGCCGUAUGAAAGUGUCCUAAUUAGUUUUACAGAUGGAAUUUGUUUUCCUCGCCCUACUACCGCUCAACGACUUGUUUUUAUUGAGUGUAAUGUGAAACUCAGCUUCUGACCAUAUUACGUGGGAGUCUUGGCGCCCGCAAGUACUCGUGUAUAUUCCUAAGAGUUAAAUAUACAUAUUUCGUUGUUCAGAUCGUUCAUAGUACAUACAAAAAAUAAGACGAUCAACUAAUAGAUGAUUUCAAAUAAAUCUACACAAUUAAUCUUGAUAACUUUUAAUUAUAUAUUUUCAUCACGUAUUUACUUAUUUGAUAAUAAAUUUAUAUUUUAAAAAUUAUUUUAUGUAUACAUAAAUUUAUAUAUAUAUAUAUAUAGAGUAAAGUUAUAUUUUUAUUAUUGGCCCUAUUUGCCAAAAAUUCGGCUUUCAAAUAUUCAUGUUCUCUCAUGUUAUACGAUCCUGCGGCCCUGAUCCCAUGCACGUGUACUUCACAUAUGUUCCGUUGCAGCGAGGGUCGGGGUGGGGAUUGGCGGUAACGCAUGAGAGGGGACUUCCAUAAACUGGAGGAACUGAAGGAAAUUGGAGUAACACUCAUUCAUAAAGACGUUCUUGCCGCGACUGGAUAAGAGUUUAAAAAACGUUCUAAUAUCAUUUCGAAAUAAGUAUUGAAAACAAUGACUACGCGUAAAAAAGAAGAAUCAAAUAAACAGAGAUAUCAAGCUAACGCACGUGAAAGAGAUAGAACUCACAGGUAAAUGUUCACGAUUCAAGAAAAGCAAUCUUCACUGUGCAGCGUGAACACAGCUUUCAGCGCAUUGAGAACAUUGAUUCCAACGGAGCCAGCAGAUAGAAAAUUAUCCAAAAUAGAGACUCUCAGAUUAGCGAGUAGUUACAUCAGUCACUUGGGCGCAGUUCUUGUUGUUGGUGCUAUGGAUCAACCUUGUUUACAACUAGAAGAAAGUGGUCGAGUAUACUCAACAAGUGAUUGGAGUGAUAUGCAAGCUAGACCACAAGUUUGCACUUUCUGCCUUGCUAUGCAUAAAAAAUAUAAUACAAAUGGUAAUUCAGAAAUUCUUUCUGAUUAUCAAAGUCAUAAUAUGACACCAUAUAUCUUUGUUCCAGGGAAUUCUACAAAGUGUAUUGAUUAAAAUUAUAUAUAGAUAUAUAUAUUAAAGAAUAUAUUUCUUGUAAAUUUUGUGUAAAUAUAUAUUUUUUUAAUAAAUUUCUUGCAUACAAUAGUGAUUCUAUUACAAGAAUCUAUAAUGGACUGGUAUGCAUGCUGUAUUCAUAUAAUUAAUAAUUUAUGUGAUCAAAUGUUCAAAAAUUUCAUACAUUUUUAUAAGAAGAGAAAUAGAAAAAAAUAUAUAUCAAAUAAAUAUGACUAUUUUGUUGAAGAAAAUAUAAUCUGUUUUAGUAAAUGAUUUUGAUUUAUUUAUUUAUUGUCGGUUUUUUGAAGGGAUUUAUAUGUAUUAUAUGAUCUAACAUGUUAAUAUUUAUGUAUAUGUAAGAAAUAUGUUAUAAAACAAAGACUCGUUGCUAUUGAAACGGAUCAUUUGUUUUUCGAUAAACAUUUAAGCUUCGGCGUCUGAUACAACUAUGAUCAAAACAAAAUUAAGAAGAAACAUUCUGAUCACAUUAAUAAAAAUAUUAUUCAUUUAAUAUAUUUCAUUUUGUUAUAAACAAUUUUUUAAUUUAAAAAUCGUAUAAUCUAAGAAUUUUUUAUUAAUUUUGUAGGCAAAAUAAGAACAAUUUACGAUUAAAAGAAGUACAAUCAUUGUUAACGUAGUAAGGCGGCGAAUGUUUCAGUCUUCGAAGUCCAACAAUGCAGUGAGGAGGCAUAUUUUAGUUUUUUCCUCCGUUCUCGUUUCUCGUUUCAAUUUCAGUGUUUUUAUUCGCUUGUUGAUUAGAAAGUAUUUGAUCUGUAAUCAUGUUGAUAUUCGAAGAAAACCACUCUGGAGCGUUUAGGACAAAUUAGGUAAGAAUUCGAUGAAAUAUUUAUUAUGAUUUACUAGCACAUAAUGUUCAGAAGUAACCGACUACCGUUGUUAUGGCGGAAUAGUACCAAAUAAACAUCUAGAUUUUUCUUUUCUAUUUAACGCGAUUUGUAAGAACAAAUGCAUCAAAUCGUACUUGUUUUUCUUGUAAAAAGUAAACAAAUUUUUUAUUAUCAUAAAUCGAAGUAUUUUAACGUGGAAUAAUUUUUGACAAGUUUUCUAACCACUCGAUUUAUAAGUAAGUUAUUUUUCUCGGUCUUACUCAUUCAUGGUUAUAUUAUAAAUAAAUAUACCUAAAAUAUUACUAUAUACGAUAUAAACAUAAUUAUACUAUGUAUUCUUUUCUUUAAUAAGAUUGUAAACAUAUACAUAUGAGACAUCUGAAGGCUAUCAAUGUAGUAAAUUUGUUAUAGAUAUUUAUUAAGCAUUCGUAUAAUAAUAUGUACGUAAAUCAGAAAUUGACUAGUAAAUCUAUAAUUCGCUUAUUGGAUAGAAAGCAUCGGAAAUACAAGUUCUUGGUACUUCUGGCUUACUUUCAAUAACACUGAUAAUAUUUGAGUGUUCAGUCGUAUGAAUCAAGGUAUAAAAGACAAAGAGAGGAGGGAAAAGGAAAAGCAA